AUGAACUUUUCUCAAAUUGUUAUUUUCUUUGCCUUGGUUGCUGUGUGUUUGGCGAUAAGCUGUAAAACGAAUGUUGAUGAUAAUGGAGAGAUUCAAAUGGAUUUUGAUGACACCGACUGCAAUAAUGGCUGUGAGUAUUGUGGACGAAUGAAGCAAAGUGGCCGUUUCUACACAUUUGAGGCGUAUGGCUGUGGUUGUGGAGAUGAUAGCAUUUUUGGACCCGAUGAUGACAAUGAAAGGAUGCUUGAUGAUUGCACGGAUAUCUUCUCGCAAAACACCACCACCAACGGCUUCAAUUUGCGACAAGUUUGCUGUCAAAAGGAGCUCUGUGCA